CCACAAAAACCAUACAAGUAAUUAUUUGGUGCACAAAAAAUUUAAAGAUUGGAAAAGUUAAUGUAUGUUUCAGGUAACGUUAUGCUGUUCCGCUCCAGCCCAGCAGGGGGCGCAAAUUGACCAAUCAGCUGAUUUGUGGAGAUCCUCAGCAAAAGGAAAACUGAAGGAUUUAGCAUGAGGUUCUGUGGAAUCAUCCAGAAUACGGUUGUUUUAUCGUUUCUCAGCUAAUAUUUCAGUAACCAUGUCUUCAGUUCAGCAUCUCAGAGAUUUUAUCAGAGAGCGACUAACUGCUGCUGCUGCAGAAAUCUUCUCAGAGGUUGAAAAAACCAUCAUUUGCUACGAGGAGGAGCUCGAUGCUCAGCGCAGGAUGAUGGGGAUCAACUGGAAACCAGAGAUAAAACUCAACAGAAUCGGUUCGGAGCUGCGGAGACAAAGUUCUGACCUUCAAAAGCUAAAUGUCUUCACUGAGCAGGAAACUUCUUCCAUCCAGCUUCUCUGUAACCAGGGGAGGCGGUCCAGCCACGAGGAGGAGGAAGCAGAACCUCAAUGGACUGGAGAGGAUCAAAUGGAACCGGAUCCUCCACGGCCACCUGAACGCACCCUGGUGGAAGGAAACGAGAACGCAGAGUCUUCAUGGGACAAAAGGCCACAGAAAAAAUCAGAACCUCCACCGAUUGAAGAAUGGGAGGAAUCAGAAACUGAUUGGAUGAAAGUGGAAGAAGCAGAACCUAAACCUUCACCGUUUAAAGAAUCUGAGUGGAUUAAAGAGAAAGAGGACCCAAGAAAACCACUGAUUGAAGGACAGGAGGAUCCAGAAACUACAUGGAUUAAAGAGGAAGCAGAACCACUGAUGGAGGGAGUAAUGGAGGAAGCAGAUUCUCCUGUUGGCUGUGAAGGAGAGCCAAGACCUGAGCAGCUUUCUUUUCAUGUUUCUCCUGUAGUUGAGAGCAACGAUCAGGGAGGAAGAAGCUCCACCGGGUCACAGACUCGGUGCUACACUGACACAAGCAACAUGUCUUCUGAUAAGUGUGGUAUUUGUGGGAAAUCCUUCAAGAAGAAGUUUAACUUGAAACAGCAUUACAGAACCCACACUGGAGAGAGACCUUUCUGUUGGGAAAUACGUGGGAAAAGUUUCUCUCAAAUUAGUAAUUUAAAAGCUCACAAGAAGAUUCAUACAGGUGAAAGGCCUUUUUCUUGUGACUUGUGUAGGAAAUCUUUCUCUUGUAUUGAGGCCUUUUCAAACAUAUGGAGAAGAUUUCUCUCUUUACAACAAAAUGAAUUCAAGUGAAAGGCCUUUUGCUUGUGAAACAUGUGGGAAAGGUUUUAUACAUGGUUCAAAUUGAAGUGUUCUCAGGAGAACCCACACAGGGCAUUGAUGGGGUCAGUGUUUCCAACAGACGGUAAAUUAUGGAUGUUGUGCUUGUUCAGUUUCCUGUCAUCCUUCAAGACUGACUGGCUAAAAUAGGAUCGUUUCUAAUUGUGAUGGACGGCGACACAGAGGCUGUCAGAAUAACCCGAGGUAACCAUGACAACCAGGCUGGAGACUUUAGUUUAGCAGCAACAAGACAUGAAGUUACUUCUAAAAUUAAUCAUGCAGGUUAGAUUAAAAUGAUUGACUUUUCUUACUUGAUUAUUUCUGUGACUAGAUUAAGCUGUACUGACCCUCACUAAUAAAUAUCAAGCAUAAAGAAACAAUUAAAAGAUGGUGCGGACUUGGACUUACAUGGUUCUAGAAAAUUAAAGGUUUUAAUAGGUUUCUUUGGCCUAAGCUACAUUAAAAACAUCUUUGGGCGCCUGAGUCACUAAAACUAACCUGCUUGCAACAAAGAUGAUGUAUGGAGAAACAAAAUAUUUACUGGUUUCAAAUUUUAAAGAGAGUUUUCAGUAUUUAAUGCAGAAGAGAUGAGAAGACACUAAACGAGUAUCUAUGAAUCUGAUCUGGGUUCAGUUUGUUUGCAGAUCAGACGUCUGAACACAGACACAAGGUUAAGCUAAUCUGUGUUUAACAAAGGGCAACAUUUGGCUCAGUGUUACUGUAACACUGAUUUAUUAAUUUGCUUCAUUGUUAAUAUUCAUCCCACUGUUCACAAAGUGACAUCAUUUCUGCUGAAUUAUUUUUGUCUCCACUGGGAGGAAACGGUAAAAACAGAAACAUCUUCAGGUUCUCAGUAUUUACAGCAAAGGUUUGUGAUGCGUCAACUUAAUUCAGCAGUAAAUGUUGCAAUGGUUGUUUUUUAACUUUAAACUGGAAUCUAAUUAUUCUGCAUGUCAGCAUACAGCUCAGUUUUAAUAAAACAUGUAAAUCAUAAACCUUAUGUA